AUGCCAGACCAGCCCCAACCUCAUCCCAGACCAGCCCCCAACCUCAUCCCAGACCAGGCCCCAAACUCACCCUGGACUAGCCCCAAACCUCAUCCAGGACCAGCCCCAACCUCAUCCUGGACCAACCCCCCAACCUCAUCCCAGACCAGCCCCAACCUCAUCCCGGACCAGCCCCCAACCUCAUGCCAGACCAGCCCCAACCUCAUCCCAGACCAGCCCCCAACCUCAUCCCAGACCAGGCCCCAAACUCACCCUGGACUAGCCCCAAACCUCAUCCAGGACCAGCCCCAACCACAUCCUGGACCAACCCCCCAACCUCAUCCUGGACCAACCCCCCAACCUCAUCCCAGACCAGCCCCCAACCUCAUCCCAGACCAGCCCCCAACCUCAUCUCAGACCAGCUCCCAACCUAAUCCCGGACCAGCCUCCAAACUCAUCCCAGACCAGCCCCUAACCUCAUCCUGGACCAGCCCCCAACCUCAUCCCGGACCAGCCCCCAACCUCAUCCCGGACCAGCCCCCAACCUCAUCCCGGACCAGCCCCCAACCUCAUCCCGGACCAGCCACCAACCUCAUCCCAGACCAGCCUCCAACCUCAUUCCUGACCAGCCCCAACCUCAUCCCAGACCAGCCCCUAACCUCAUCCCAUCAUCCCAGACCAGCCCCCCAAACUCCUCCCGGACCAGCCUCCAACCUCAUCCAGGACCAGCCCCCAACCUCAUCCCUGGAUCAGCCCCCAACCUCAUGCCAGACCAGCCCCCAACCUCAUCUCGAACCAGCUCCCAACCUAAUCCCGGCCCCCAACCUCAUCCUGGACCAGCCCCCAACCUCAUCCAGGACCAGCCCCCAACCUCAUCCCAGACCAGCCCCCAACCUCCUCCCGGACCAACACCCAACCUCCUCCCGGACCAGCCCCCAACCUCAUCCCGGACCAGCCCCCAAUCUCAUCCCAGACCAGCCCCCAACCUCAUCCCAGACCAGCCCCCAAACUCACCCUGGACUUAGCCCCCAACCUCAUCCAGGACCAGCCCCAACCUCAUCUCGGACCAGCUCCCAACCUAAUCCCGGGCCAGCCUCCAAACUCAUCCCAGACCAGCCCCUAACCUCAUCCCGGACCAGCCCCCAACCUCACCCCAGACCAGCCUCUAACCUCAUCCUGGACCAGCCCCAACCUCAUCCCGGACCAGCCCCCAACCUCAUCCCGGACCAGCCUCCAACCUCAUCUCGGACCAGCCCCCAACCUCAUCCCAUACCAGCCCCAACCUCAUCCCAGACCAGCCCCAAACCUCAUCCCGGACCAGCCCCAACCUCAUCCCGGACCAGCCCCCAACCUCAUCUCAAACCAGCCCCCAACCUCAUCCCGGACCAGCCCCUAACCUCAUCCCAGACCAGCCCCAACCUCAUCCCGGACCAGCCCCCAACCUCAUCCCGGACCAGCCCCCAACCUCAUCCCGGACCAGCCCCCAACCUCAUCCCGGACCAGCCCCCAACCUCAUCCUAUACCAGCCCCCAACCUCAUCCCAGACCAGCCCCUAACCUCAUCCUGGACCAGCCCCAAUCUCAUCCCAGACCAGCCCCCAAUCUCAUCCCAGACCGGCCCCCAACCUAA